AAUGAAAAAAAACUCUUUCCGCAGCCAUUCCCGCCACCAUAGAAAAACCUCUUGCAAAACCCUAGCCUCCUUUGGCCUUAAACCUCUCCCACAUAACUCGCUGCAAGAACCCCAUAAUCUCUGCAAGAAAUGGAUGCCCAAGACGUGAAAUCGAACCUGGUUCUGAUCCUAGACUUUGGUUCUCAGUACACCCAUCUCAUCACAAGAAGAAUCCGGGCACUCAACGUCUUCUCCCUCUGUGUCAACGGCACCUCCUCCUUAAAAUCGAUCGCCGAUCUGAACCCGAGUGUUAUCAUUCUAUCCGGUGGUCCGCACAGCGUUCACGCGCCGAACGCGCCAUGUUUUGCACCUGGGUUCAUCGAGUAUGUGGAGUCGAACAAGGUUCACGUUUUGGGUAUAUGCUAUGGGCUGCAACUGAUUGUGCAGCAACUGGGGGGUGAAGUUAGGGUAGGGGAGAAGCAGGAGUAUGGAAGGAUGGAAAUCGCGGUGGAGAAGGCGGUUGGACUGUUUGGGAAUAAGAAGAUUGGGGAUAGGCAAAGUGUGUGGAUGAGUCAUGGCGACGAGGCGGUGAAGUUGCCGGAGGGAUUUGAAGUUGUGGCUAGGAGUAGACAGGGGGCGGUGGCGGCGGUGGAGAAUCCGGGAAGGAGGUUUUAUGGCUUGCAAUAUCAUCCUGAGGUAACACAUUCACCAGAAGGAAUGGAGACACUGAAAUAUUUCCUCUUUGAUAUAUGUGGAGUUACUGCUGGCUGGAAGAUGGAAGAUGUUUUGGAUGAAGAAUUAAAAGUCAUCAAGAGCACAGUGAAACCUGACGAUCAUGUAAUCUGUGCAUUAUCUGGUGGCGUGGACUCCACAGUUGCAGCAACACUUGUCCAUAAGGCAAUUGGAGACAGGCUUCAUUGUGUUUUUGUUGACAAUGGAUUGUUGAGGUGGAGGGAAAGGGAGAGAGUUAUGGAGACCUUCGAGAAGGAUCUUCAUUUGCCUGUUACUUGCGUUGAUGCUUCAGAGCAGUUCCUCAGCAAGCUAAAGGGUGUCACAGAACCUGAAAAGAAAAGAAAAAUCAUUGGAAGCGAAUUCAUUAGUAUCUUUGAUGCUUUUGCCCACGAUUUAGAGCAAAAAGUGGGAAAGAAACCUGCUUAUUUAGUUCAAGGAACCUUGUACCCUGAUGUGAUUGAAUCCUGCCCGCCCCCUGGAAGCGGAAGGACCCACUCUCACACAAUCAAAAGCCAUCAUAAUGUUGGAGGGCUCCCCAAGGACAUGAAAUUAAAGCUCAUUGAACCACUUAAACUUCUAUUCAAGGAUGAGGUUCGAGAACUUGGAAAGAUUAUGGGUGUUCCACAAGCCUUCCUGAAGCGCCACCCAUUCCCUGGGCCUGGCCUUGCAGUACGUGUCCCUGGUGAUGUUACUCUAGAAAAUCGCUUGGACAUCCUACGGAAGGCUGAUGAAAUUUUCAUUCAAGCCAUCCGAGAUGCUGGUAUUUAUGACUCUAUAUGGCAAGCCUUUGCCGUGUUCAUGCCAGUGCUAACAGUUGGAGUUCAAGGCGACCAAAGAACGCAUAGUUAUGCCAUCACACUUAGAGCAGUCACAAGUCAAGAUGGAAUGACUGCAGAUUGGUAUUACUUCGAUCACAAGUUUCUUGCCGACCUAUCGACAAGGAUUUGCAAUGAAGUUCCCGGCGUAAAUCGGGUUCUUCUAGACAUCACAUCGAAGCCUCCAUCAACCAUCGAGUGGGAAUAGCGUUUAUAUCCAUGUUUAAGGAGUUUUUGGCUUUCCAAAAUUCUUUUCACGACUUGUGCAAAACAGAGUGUAUUUCUGCCACUUUUGCAAGUUGUUGUCUUGUGUAUGCCAUGCUUUAGUGAGUAUUUUGACUAAAUGUCUCUGUGGGUUGCCAGUCCAACAACCCAAACUUGCA